GUGGUAACACCUCCCAUGCUGGGCCACCACAAAAAUGUGCACAAAGGAUCCGGUCUAUCGCAAGCCCUUCUCCGACAGAAGAGAUGCCCCCAACAAAUCUUACCCUUCGCCUCCGGACCAAAAGGGAGUCAGAUGGCCGGGGAUGAGAAGAUGGAGGUGACGGUGAAGACGCUGGACUCGCAGACUCGGACGUUCACAGUGGACGCAGAGAUAACAGUGAAGGACUUCAAAGAUCACAUAUCGCCGUCUGUCGGCAUUCCUUCGGAGAAGCAGCGGCUCAUAUAUCAGGGUCGAGUAUUGCAGGAAGAUAAGAAGCUGAAGGAAUACAAUGUGGAUGGGAAAGUUAUUCACCUGGUGGAACGUGCUCCUCCUCAAACGCAGACGACAACAGGGGGCGCCUCAUCCUCAUCCAGCACAUCUUCCACCGCUGGCAGCAGUGCACCAGGUGGCCCUGGAGCCGGUGGUCCUGAGAGGAAUGGAAACAGCUAUGUAAUGGUGGGAGCCUUUAACCUGCCGCAUGUCAUGUCUGGUCUUGGCGAGGCCGGCAGAGCUCCCCGCGUCACCACAGUCACCGGAAAUGAUGGCUCCUCUCUUGAUGUCCAUAUAAACUUGGAUCAGCAGAUGCCCAUCCAGAGUGAGCCGCGCGUCCGCCUCGUGUUGGCGCAACACAUGCUGCAAGAUAUACAGUCCAUCCUGGAUCGCCUUGAGCAGCAGCCCGGUAGUGAUCAGCCAUCAGAGCCCAUGGAGACAUCCGGAACAGAAGGUGAAUCCAGCAGCAGGGAUGCACAGCCCCAGGCCUCUAAUACUGAGGGACAGGCUGGUGCGGGAUCAUCCAGCCACCCCACCCCCACAGAGUUUGUUGAGGUUCUCCAGUCUUUGUCCAGAGUGGAGGAACGUCUGGCCCCCUUCAUGGAACGCUACAGGGAGAUCAUCAGUAAUGCCACAAAUGGCGUCUAUGAGAACGAUGACCGGGAACAGGCUCAGCGCGUCAUUAACCUUGUCGGGGAAUGUCUCCGUCUCCUGGGAAAUGCCUUGGUCGCAGUAUCCGAUUUGCGUUGCAAUCUGUCGAUGGCUGCUCCCCGACACAUGCACGUUGUCCGCCCCAUGUCUCACUACACUGGUCCCAUGUUACUCCAGCAGGCUGCCAUUCCAAUACAGAUAAAUGUUGGCACCACUGUCACAAUGACUGGCAAUGGAGCCCACGCCGCCCAGGCGGCCGCUGAUACCUCCUCCACACCUGCAGCUUCGGCCUCUGAGCAGCCCCGAGGGACCAGUGAGGGUCCGGCCACAACCACAGCUGGAGAAUCCACGCCAACCCAGCCACCGCCUGCCCCUACUCCUCCACCGCAUCCACGUGUUUUACGCAUCACUCACCAGACAGUGGAGCCGGUCAUGAUGAUGAUGAACAUCCAGGACUCAGGAUCUGGAGGCAUGCCAAACGUUCCCCCGACCUCAACCACUCAUGGAGGUGGAACUCAUAUGCACAUGCCAGGACUGCCCCCAGAGUUCAUGCAGGCCAUUUCCCAUCAGAUUACCCAGCAGGCUAUGGCGGCUGCUUCAGGGCAACAGAUUCCCAGCUUCCAAGCCCAGCCCCCUCGAUUCGUCUUCACAAGACCUAGUGCCCCACCUCACCCUGCCCAAACUGGAAACACCGUCCCUCCUGCAGGAACCGGGGGACAAACAGCAGCAGCAGGACCUGGAGCCACGGCCGCUCCGACCUCCCUCACUCAGAUGAUCAGUGGUUUAGUGGGUCAGCUUCUCAUGCACCCCGUCAUUGUAGCUCAGAGUGGCGGCACAGCUCCCACCUCCACUUCCUCAUCCACCACCACUUCCACCACAUCCUCCACUACUUCCUCCACCACUUCCACCUUUCCAAGCACUCCUACGGCACCUUCCGCUCCAUCUUCCCAGACACCUCCUGGACCAGAACAACAUCUGUCACAGCUGCUGGGCUCACUACUGGGCACUGCCAGCUCGGGUAUGGCCAACAUUGCCAUGGGCUCACCAAGUAUCGCAGUGGCUGUCCCUGGAAUGCCUGCAUUUCUACAAGGAGUCACUGAUAUAUUACAGGCAACACCAAAUAUUCAGGUGUCUUCUACUCCACCCCAGUCAUUUACUGCACCCACAAAUGCUUCCCCCUCCCCCCCUUCAGCCUCCACCACUCCACCUCAAGCUGCGGCUGCAGAUACUCUCCCCCCUGAGUUCUUCACCAGCGUAGUCCAAGGUGUUCUGUCCUCCAUGCUGGGGUCUCUGAGUGCAGCAGAUCAGAGCGGGACUGAGAGUAUCGCAGCAUUCAUCCAACGUCUCAGUGGCUCCCACAACAUCUUCCAGCCGGACGCUGAGGGACCUGGAGGAUUCUUCGGAGAUCUCUUAUCACUCAUCUGCCAUCACUUCUCAUUGGUGGAUAUGGUUAUGUUGUUACAUGGGCAGUCUCAGCCCCUGCAGAAUCUCCAACCUCAGCUUCGCUCCUUCUUCCUCCAGCAGUAUCUACAUCAAGCAGACCCAACCCCACAGAACAUCCAGAUGGCGUCAAGAAAUCUUAUUAAUGGUCUGGAAGAAUACAUCAGAGAAAGCUUUGCCACAGCCCCUGUUCGGGAAGAUGUGGACAUCACCAGAACCAACGUGGAGUUCCUGCAGGAGCAGUUUAGCAGGAUCACCACCCACAUUCUGCAUUGUGCAGACUCCACGUUCGGGCAGCGUCUCCUGGAGAUGUGCAAUCAGUCCCUGUUCGAGUGGCUUGCCCUCAAUCUGUACUGUCUGAGAGGGGAUCAGAACGCCCUCACGUCCGUCAUCAACGAGAGGAUUAGACGACUCUCCCUGGAUGUGUCUCCAGCAUUGGUCUCGUGGGUCACGUCCGUCCUGUCCCUGCGGCUCCAGGUACUACUGGACCAGAUGCCUGUGACCGAAGCCGAGGUGCAAAGACACGUGCGCAGAAUAGGAGAGCCUUCCUCGGUGAGAUGGCAAGUCCCUGCAGCAGCUUCGCAGGAGCAGCCGAUGGAGACUUCACCAGCCGACGCUCAGCCAAGUGCCUCCUCUCCAGCUCCCGCCACCACAGUGGAGGAGGUCCUUUUCUUGCCUGCCCAGAGUUCUGCACCAGCUCUUUGCCCAGACUCGGAGAUUCCCCCACAAGAAGAGGCUGGAUCUGAGCCUUGGGCCGCGGCGGUGCCCCCUGAAUGGGUUCCUGUUAUCAGGCAGGACAUACAGAGCCAAAGGAAGAUUAAGCAGCAGCCCCCUCUGAGCGACGCCUACCUGAGCGGGAUGCCGGCAAAGCGACGAAAAACUAUGCAAGGUGAGGGUCCCCACCUCGCCCUCUCAGAGGCUGUAAAUCGAGCUAUGAGAUAUACGGGAGCCAAACCUGAGACCAGUGCAGAGAGUUUGCGGAGAGAGCUGGACAACAGUGAGGUGCAAGUGCGUUAUAGAGACCAGCUUUGUCAAGAUAUUCAGAAAAUCCUUCAAGAUAAUGAGUCCUACAGUCCCCAAAGAUUCCCGAACACACAGAGAGCAUUUCAGGAAGACCCCUAGACCCCUCAUACUCCUCACUUAAAUGUCACUGUCAUGAGCUCCGCUGUGCCGCAGGGAUGAUGGCGGCCGGAGCCGGGAUCCCAAAGCUACGACACAAAUCCCAUAAGUCUGUCUCUUGCUUGGAAAUCCUAUCUAGUUAUGGAGGAAGCCGUCAGGAAUUGUCUCGUCUAAGAUAAAGCAAGUUGUAUCCGCCCUUUUAAACCGUAAGCAACGCACAGUCCUGCUGCACCCCCCAAACUCUGAUAUCUUUAAUAAAAGUCUUAGACCAACCAAUCGGA